AUGGCAGGUGCAUUGGAAAACGCACGUAAGGAAUUGAAAAGAGUAACCCUUGAAGACCAUGAGGAGAGUGAAUAUGGUGCUAUUUACUCUGUUUCUGGUCCUGUGGUGAUUGCAGAAAACAUGAUUGGAUGUGCCAUGUACGAAUUGGUUAAAGUUGGUCAUGACAACUUGGUGGGUGAAGUCAUUCGUAUUGAUGGUGAAAAGGCUACAAUCCAAGUGUAUGAAGAAACUACAGGUGUUACUGUUGGUGACCCUGUUUUAAGAACUGGUAAACCAUUAUCUGUCGAAUUGGGUCCAGGUUUGAUGGAGACAAUUUAUGAUGGUAUUCAAAGACCAUUGAAGGCCAUUAAGGAUAUCUCUCAAUCUAUCUAUAUUCCAAGAGGUAUUGAUGCUCCAGCUUUGAGUAGAACUAUCAAAUGGCAAUUUACUCCUGGCAAGUUCAAAGUAGGCGACCAUAUCUCAGGUGGUGAUAUUUUCGGUUCCAUUUUCGAAAACUCUCUUUUGGAUGACCACAAGAUCUUGUUGCCACCAAGAGCAAGAGGUACUGUUACAUGGAUUGCUUCCGCUGGUGAAUACACCGUUGAUGAAAAGAUUCUAGAAUUGGAAUUUGACGGUGUCAAAUACGAUUACUCCAUGUAUCACACAUGGCCAGUGCGUGUUCCAAGACCUGUCACCGAAAAGCUCUCUGCUGACUAUCCUUUACUCACCGGUCAAAGAGUCUUGGACUCUUUGUUCCCAUGUGUUCAAGGUGGUACCACCUGUAUUCCAGGUGCUUUUGGUUGUGGUAAGACUGUUAUUUCUCAAUCAUUGUCUAAGUACUCCAACUCUGAUGCAAUCAUUUACGUUGGUUGUUUCUCUAAGGGCACUGAAGUAAUGAUGGGUGACGGUAAGGAUGAAUUGAUAGAGAACAUUCAGGUAGGCGAUGAAGUAAUGGGUAGAGAUGGACUUCCAAGACAAGUUGUUGGCUUACCAAGAGGUCAUGAUGACAUGUACCAAGUUACCGAAAAAUCAGAGGACAAUGAAACCGCCAAGAUUAGUUUCCAAUGUAACAGCUCACACAAGCUAGUUCUUGUCACUCCACAAGAUAUAAGACUAACAGAGUCUAAGGAAAAGGUUACCGUUGCAUUCAACAGAUUGGCAGACAUUUCAGUGGGAAAUGGUACUGAAUCACGCACUGUUAGACUAGUUGAAAGAGCUGAAAAAUCUUUUGCUAAUGCUGAAAGUAAUCAAGCUAUCAUAAAUGCUGCUGAAUUUGUCACUACUAUUGACACGACAUCCAUUGAAUGGACUUUGGAGGCCAGGGAUAUGUUGUUGGUAGACUCUUCCAUCCGUGAAGUAACUCAACAGUUGAUAAACCCUGUGUUGUUGGAGAAGGAACACUUAGCAGGCGUCUUAAAAUCAAACGAUUUCCAAUCUUCUUUGGCUCCACAAUUUUCGUAUCUGUUGGGUGCUUUCGUUGGCUCCUCCGGUAAGGACAACUCAGAAUAUCUUCAACAACUGUCUGCUCAAUUCGAUAAAAAGAUUGUUGCCGAAAAGUCUAUCGAUGUGCAAUCUAAUGGGAAGACCGUUGGCACUGCUAGCAUUGUUAUUUCUCAAGAGCCAGUUCAAGAAAAUAAACGCAGAAAGGUCGCUCAAGUCAGUCUUGUCUCCAAGAUCGUUCAAGAAUCUUUCUCUAGCGGCAUCCCAUCGUUCAUGAUGUCCGAAAACAUCAAUGUUCGUGAAAGUUUCUUGGCAGGUAUUGUAGACUCUCAAAACCAAAAGCUAGAUGACACAGUCGCUCUAAAAACACUAUCAGUCAAGACACAUGACGGUAUUGCGAGAUUGGCGCGUUCUUUAGGUAUCCGCGUUUCCGGUAAGAAACAAAACCAAGAAUACACAUUGACUCUUUCAGGUGAUGCUUUGAAGAGUGUUUCAAAUUGGACCUCCACUUCGAACAUCGAAAAGGUUGAUGUAAUUCAUAAGGCUCAACCUAUCUCUUUCGAUUUAGAAAAAAUUGAGUCUGCUGAUUAUUUUGGUGUCACUUUAGCUGAAGAAUCAGACCACAAAUUCUUACUAUCAAACAUGACUUUGGUUCACAACUGUGGUGAAAGAGGUAACGAAAUGGCUGAAGUUUUGAUGGAAUUCCCUGAAUUAUUCACAGAAAUUAGUGGUAGAAAGGAACCUAUCAUGAAACGUACCACAUUAGUUGCAAACACUUCUAAUAUGCCUGUCGCUGCUAGAGAGGCCUCCAUUUACACUGGUAUUACAUUGGCUGAAUACUUCAGAGAUCAAGGUAAGAACGUUUCUAUGAUUGCCGAUUCGUCUUCUAGAUGGGCUGAAGCUUUGAGAGAAAUUUCAGGUCGUUUAGGUGAAAUGCCUGCUGAUCAAGGUUUCCCAGCAUACUUGGGUGCUAAGUUGGCCUCCUUUUACGAAAGAGCUGGUAAGGCUGUUGCUUUAGGUUCUCCAGACCGUAUUGGUUCCGUUUCUAUUGUUGCCGCUGUUUCCCCAGCCGGUGGUGAUUUCUCCGAUCCUGUUACUACAUCAACUCUUGGUAUCACUCAAGUGUUUUGGGGUUUGGACAAAAAGUUGGCUCAAAGAAAGCAUUUCCCAUCCAUCAAUACUUCUGUUUCUUAUUCCAAAUAUACAAAUGUCUUGAACAAAUACUACGAAAAGAACUAUCCAGAAUUCCCAGUGUUGAGAGAUCGUAUGAAGGAAAUCCUUUCGAACGCUGAAGAACUUGAACAAGUUGUCCAAUUGGUCGGUAAAUCUGCUUUAUCCGAUGGUGAUAAGAUUACCUUAGAUAUUGCUUCUUUGAUCAAAGAAGAUUUCUUACAACAAAAUGGUUACUCUACCUACGAUGCAUUCUGUCCAAUUUGGAAGACUUAUGAUAUGAUGAAAUCAUUCAUCUCUUACCACGAUGAAGCUCAAAAAUCUGUAUCAAACGGUGCUAACUGGGCAAAGCUAUCUGAAGCAACGCGUGAUGUCAAGCAUGCUGUCUCUUCAUCGAAAUUUUUUGAACCAAGUAGAGGUGAAGAGGAAGUUCAUGCAGAAUUCGAGAAAUUGUUGACCAAUAUUCAAGAUAGAUUUGCUGAAUCAACCGAUUGA